AUGACGCUAGCCUGUCAUAUCGGCCCAGUAACCAUCCCUGGUUUUGCGAGGUCUGAAAACACAAUGGCAUGCCAACUUCCUACUAAGAAACCUGGAAACUACACUGUUCAAGUUACGUGCGCAGCAGGGUCGGAGAUCCUCGGCAUUUUUCCAAUUGAAUACGCUCAGCCACCUCGUAUUGAACGGUUUGAACCUCAAGUGGUCCCUGUGGGUGGCGCAUUCCCUCUGGAUUUUUACGGAGUAAAUUUUGACCGAGGCGAUAUGAUUUACUGCAUCUUCGGGGAGGCGUCAAUGCGUGUCCAGGCGUCGUUUAUCUCACCGUCUCGUAUAAAGUGCCUGACUCGCCGACACUGGGUGGCCGGUGAAGUCCAACUUACUGUAGUGCUGGAGACCUAUGACGGACGAACUGAAGUUAUGCUCCAAUCUCCGUUCAAUUUCGCUACCACUAUUGCAGAAACUUCUGGCUUGAAUCCCGACUUCGGUUCUGUAGUGGGAGGCUAUCCCAUAACUAUCGCUGUGAACAGUUCGUGGAGAAGUUUCAGGAAUGUAAGCUGU